GACGUCAUCGCUCGCCAGCGCUCGGCCGUUCGGCCAUUUUGUGUGGUGAAUGAGCGCUCUCCGCUUCUCACGGGGCAUUUGUGUUGCGGGUUUCGCGCGGCCAGUGGCGGAGAUAAGCUCUCGGAUGAUUUAGUUUUCCGCGUUUAGAGAGGGACACGCACGGCGAUUUUACAUGCGCUAGUGAAAGGGGGUGCGACCGACCGCUCGACCCGCGUUAAAACACUACUCCCCCCCCCGUCCCCCCUUCGUGCAAAACUGUGGAACAGGUACGAUGGAGGAUAAGGCGUCGCUCAAGGAACUUGACCAGUGGAUAGAACAAUUAAACGACUGCAAACAACUGACAGAAAGCCAAGUGAAAACCCUCUGCGAUAAGGCGAAAGAAAUUUUAGCUAAGGAAUCAAAUGUACAAGAAGUAAAAUGUCCCGUAACGGUGUGCGGAGAUGUACACGGGCAGUUCCACGAUUUGAUGGAACUGUUCAGAAUAGGUGGCAAAUCACCUGAUACGAAUUACCUUUUUAUGGGUGACUAUGUUGAUCGUGGCUACUAUUCGGUCGAGACUGUCACUUUGCUCGUAGCUCUUAAGGUGAGAUACCGGGAAAGAAUAACCAUUCUACGAGGCAACCACGAAUCGAGGCAAAUUACACAGGUGUACGGAUUUUAUGAUGAAUGCUUACGUAAAUAUGGGAAUGCCAAUGUAUGGAAAUUCUUUACGGACUUAUUCGAUUAUUUACCAUUAACGGCGCUGGUCGAUGGCCAAAUAUUCUGUUUGCAUGGUGGUCUGUCGCCGUCGAUCGACACCUUAGAUCACAUACGUGCUCUAGAUCGUCUUCAAGAAGUGCCACACGAAGGUCCCAUGUGCGAUCUGCUUUGGUCAGAUCCAGAUGAUAGAGGAGGAUGGGGUAUUUCACCCCGCGGAGCGGGAUACACGUUCGGUCAAGAUAUUUCAGAAACGUUUAAUCACUCCAAUGGGCUGACACUCGUGUCACGGGCUCAUCAGUUGGUUAUGGAGGGUUACAAUUGGUGUCAUGAUCGCAAUGUCGUGACUAUAUUCUCCGCACCUAAUUACUGUUAUCGUUGCGGUAAUCAAGCUGCAAUCAUGGAACUGGAUGAUGCUUUAAAAUAUUCAUUCCUACAAUUCGACCCAGCACCAAGACGUGGAGAACCACAUGUUACCAGGCGAACGCCAGACUACUUCCUCUAAAGAACUAGACUUCAGGGCUAAGUGUCAAGGUAGGGGAAAUGGAAAAACGCGAUCUUGACUUUAUAGUGAUGCCAGACAACAUAACUUACAAUAGAACAUCGCUAAAUGAGUGUGAGGCUCCGACAUGUUUUCACACGUACCACAUAUAGCCCCAAGUAUUAUAUCAUGGCUCACUUUGUGGUCUCAUUGAGAGAUAGAAUAGAUAACACGCACGUUUGGUGCGUGCCUUACAUGAUACAUGUAGACACAACAUUACUUGUACACUAAAAAGGAAGAAAAAUAAUACAAUAAUGUACACACGUAUCGAUUAAAUUCACUUGUAGCAUUGAGUUUUACAACGUUUAUUAUAUCCGCUUGUAUUUUUAUUAUAAAAGAAAACUGAAUAUAUAUAAUAAUGCACACGUUUGCGCGUAAUAGGUAGAAACAAAAAAGUAUAUCGGAAAAAAAUGGUAUUGUUUUGUAAUCUUGAAUGAGAAUAUUAAAAACUCGGCGAGAGAAAAAUUUAUAUAAAAACGAGGCAACAUCGUGUGUAUUCUAAUCGAUCGUGCGUUCUAAACGAAGUUUAGUAAUUGUCAUGCAAGAUUCCAAGAAAAUACAUCAAAAUGGUCAUAAUUUAUAUUUAAGAGAGUGUCACGUUAUUAUUAGUGUGAAUGGAGCAUGAAUUGUUCCACUUGAAGGAAAUACAAGGUGAGUUGAUGCAACAGUAAAUUUGGCAUGCAUAAAUUGUGCCAUAUGAGGAUUCAAUAAAUAUAAUUUCCAAGUAGAAGGUUUAUUAAAAGUUUUAAUAUGGCAUUACACAUACGAAUUCAUCAGAAUCAUGAUGAGCAAUUUCGUUUCGUUAGAAUUACAGUCACUUCUAUACAGUAUUUAUUACUUUUUAAGCAACUGAAAUAGAGUUUUAUCUAAAUGGUAUAGAAAUCCGCAAAGGGUGAAUGUAAAUCUCAUUCUCGUCGAUGUAGCUUUCUUAUUAAUCCAUAAUAUUAUUUUCGCGAAAUAAUACGCGUAUGUACAAUAAAAGAAAAAUCGAUGAGAGUCACAUUUACAUUCGCACUUGAAAUAUUUUUACUUUAUUUAGGUAAAAUGAUUAUAUUUAAUACUGUACAUAAAAUUUAGUUGAUUUGAUUUAUUUUUAUAUCAUGAAUUUGUCUAGUAAUUGUAAACUGCAAUAUAAAAAGGAGUUACACUGGUUACUGAUUAUAAAUGACAAUUAAAAGAAAAAAUACGACACUUUUGCAUCAAUUCUAUCUGCCUUCUAAAGUGAAACACGUACUUUAUAUCGAGUAAAUGCAUGCAUUCAUGAUUAAAUUAAAAGGAAAAUUGAUUGCUUGUAAACCCAUCGACGAACCUUUUUACUAAUUAAUACAUAUAAAAUGAUGCUUCUGGUAAAUAAACAUGUGUAAUGCAAGCCAAAGCAACCCAACAUCAAAUUUUAUAUUCAAUUUAUGUUAAAUGCAGGAGCAAUUUGUGUACGACGAACAACUAAAAGGAAAAAAAAACAAGAAACACACGUGAGGAUGUAUGUAUAAGAAUAAACAUUGCAAUUCGAA